AUGGUAGAAACAUCAAUAAUACCAUCAUCUUCAACAAAUACUAAAUCUUCAGAUAAUAUAAUACCUAAAAAAAAUGAUAAAUCUAAAACAAAUACAAGUUCAAUAGCUAAUGUUACACCUCCAGCUACACCUGUUAAUGAACAAGACAAAACUCAAGCAAAAGAACAAUCAUCAAAACCAAAAUCUUAUCGAGAUGCUAUUGGAAAAAAAGAAAAACAAGUAACAACACAAACAACAAAUGAGAAUCAAUCAAAAUCAGCUGCAACUGGAACAAAAACAUCCAAAUCAGGUAAACAAAAAUCAUCAAAAUUGGGUAAUCGAAGUACACGAACAAUGCGUGGCUAUCCUCAAGAUAUGAAUGAUUAUUAUGAUGAUUCAUGGUAUUAUAGAACAAAUGAAGAAGGUUAUUUACAUACUGGUUAUACAGAUGAUCAAGAAAUAUUUAUUGGAAAUCUUUCAGCUCAAGUUACAGAAGAAGAAAUUCAUGAAUUAUUUCGUCCAUAUGGUCGUCUUCUUCUUAUUCGUAUUGGUAAUACAGGAUCUCAAAUUGGUGCAGCAAAUUUUGCAUUUGUUGUAUGUCAAUCCAUUGAAAUGGCUAAAGCAAUUGUAGCUGAUCAUGAGAAUCUUUUAAAAAAACAUCAGAUUAAUGUUGAAGCAAAAAAACGUCGUCCAUUUCCACAUACAUUUCGUCCAACAUAUCCGACAGCUGCUUCUCCAACAAAUUAUCAAUCAACUGGUCAUCCAGCAUCAUUUUAUGAACAUUCAUCAUCGACACCAUUUUAUGAUGGAGGAAUUCCUAGUCGUGGAGCACGACGUGGUGGAAAAAUAGGAACACAUUAA